AUGCCCUCGCGCGAGUUCCCCGCCCCUCCAGACUUAUCGGAGCUGCUCAAGUUCUUCGAGUCCGACGAAGGCAAGGCGCGAGUGAGCCGGCAAAACGUAGCGACUCGCGCCAGCACCCAGCGAAGUCGAUCACAGUCGUCUCAGUCAAGACGCUUGAGUAGUGGGAGUCUCAACGCAGCAGCCUCGAAGGUCUGGCUAUCACCUCCCCAGACUAAGUCUACGACUGCUGGUACUCGCCGUCUUUCGCAGCCUCGGGCGGCCAGAAGCGAGAACAAGCCUGCUGCAGAUGAGAAGCCCAGCACCACCCCGCAAGGCUGGAAUGCCUCCACUCUGUUGCCUCCAGCACCUGCUAAGUCCCUCAGACACCAGCUCUUGUGUCGAACGUACCAGCCACCAGCGCCUGUGUUCGUGGUGCCCUCGGAAGCGAGUGAGCUGCUGGACCGACUAGCUAAGGGUACGAUCUCCUCUCGCUCCAAGUUGAAGCCCCAAGCUGAUCUGAAGAAAUGCAGUGUCGGUGGUGAUGACCGAUCGUCGAGUGGGGUGCGACCAGCAGCGCCAACGGAUACUCGAGGGCGGGAUGCCAUUCAAACGCUGCUGUUCUACCGGAAGGAGGUCGAGAAGAGACGUCGACUUGACACGAACGAGUCGCGGGCGGACGAGUGA